AUGUUACAAAACAGUCAACGAUCGACAGCGAAAUUCAUGGCCAAAACCAUGUCCUCAACGCGCACCUCGUUUUUGGCCAUUGUGGUUUGCUUAGUGGCGCUGUUGGCGGGCAGUGCGCAAGCGCAACGUACUCCGACGAUCUCAUACGUUACACAAGAACAAAUUAAGGAUAUUGGCGGCACGGUCGAAUUCGAUUGUUCGGUACAGUACGCGAGCGACUAUCAAGUACUGUGGUCAAAGACUGAUGUCGACCCCGUCUUCCUCUCGACCGGCUCAACGUUGGUGAUCAAAGAUUCACGAUUCUCACUUCGUUAUGAUCCGAAUUCAUCGACAUAUAAACUGCAAAUCAAGGACAUCCAGGAGACCGAUGCAGGCACAUACACCUGUCAAGUGGUAAUUUCCGUUGUACACAAAGUCAGCGCCAAUGUGAAGCUCUCCGUACGGCGUCCACCCGUCAUCUCCGAUAAUUCCACACAAUCGAUUGUGGCGAGCGAAGGCAGUGAAGUGCAGAUGGAAUGCUAUGCCAGCGGGUAUCCAACGCCUACAAUUACUUGGCGUCGCGAGAACAAUGCCAUUCUACCAACAGAUAGUGCAACAUACGUGGGCAACAUACUGAAGAUUAAGUCGGUCAAGAAGGAGGAUCGCGGCACUUACUAUUGCGUCGCCGACAAUGGGGUGAGCAAGGGUGACCGUCGCAACAUCAAUGUGGAAGUCGAAUUCGCACCUGUCAUCACUGUGCCACGGCCACGUUUGGGACAGGCUCUGCAAUAUGACAUGGAUUUGGAAUGCCACAUCGAAGCUUAUCCACCACCGGCCAUUGUCUGGCUAAAGGAUGACAUUCAACUGUCGAACAACCAGCACUAUAGUAUCUCGCACUUUGCCACCGCUGACGAGUACUCCGACUCUACAUUGCGUGUGAUCACCAUCGAGAAACGACAAUAUGGCGACUACGUUUGCAAGGCCGUAAACAAACUGGGACAGGCCGAGGCGCGCGUCAAUCUCUUCGAAACGGUGAUCCCAGUGUGUCCACCAGCUUGCGGACAGGCUUAUUAUGGCGGCGCUGAACAUUUGGCGACUACCACAUUUGUAUUUUUCUCGAUGGUCGGAGUGGCGCUCUUUGCAAGAUAAACGGAAGAGUGUAUGGUAUGCACACUGAGUAGGCGUGUUCGAAGAGCAGGAGACAUUAUGAAAAACGAAAAGCGAUGAAAGACGAGAUGAAAGCUGGUAAUGCAGCAAAUUAAAAGCGUUUAGACUUAAAAACAAAACUAUCGAGAUACAAACAUACACACAUUAUAUAUGUAUAUUCAUGCAUAUAGCUAAAAGAAAAUCAGUCGAAUCCAUAUUAUAAUAAUUUAAACUGAAAAAUGAAAAACCAACAUCGGUGAAUUUAAAAACGAAAUAAAUUCGAAUCAAUAAACACAGGCGUUUGAGUUAUUAGCGAAGCGACACAAGCUUUAAUAAAAAUCAUUCCAGCAGUCUUAAGUACGCGUCGUGUCGUAAUUAACCUUUUACUUUAAUUUAAUAAGCGUCGCAAAUAUUCGACAGUUUGUUCUUUCGUUUUCUUUCUUUGUCGAUCUAAGUAAGUAAGUCAUUUGUUGUAAAGUUGCUAAAACGAGAAAACGUCCAUUUUAGUUAAGUGCUCUAUGAUUUGUUGUUUUCUUUUCUCCUCUCUUUAUUUUAUAUUGAAACUAUGUGCAUACAUACAUACAUACAUACAUAUAUAUGUAGAUAAAGGAAGCAUGCUCAAAAUAUACAUAUAUGUAUGUAGUAUGUAGUAUUGGCAUUUGUUUGAAGAAGGUAUACGUAGACAACGCUCUGAAACUCCCUAUAAUCACAAAUAUUUUAUUGUAUGUACUCUGUAUCUUAUGGUUAUUUUGGUACACACGCCACCAAAACCCCGUCCGUAACUAUGAAACAUCUCGAUUAUUUCACUCGAAAACAUCACUCAAUAGUCUAAUACCUACUCACUCAAAACUAUAUAUAAUCAAUUAGCAUCACAUUUGGACUCGUUCUGCUUAUGUCAAAAUUUCUAUGAAAUAUCCGUGUCUAAUAGUUUACAGAAAAUAUUUAUAAUAUAAUUUCGAUUGAACAUGUCAUUUUAAACAUUUAAUUAAAACAAGUAAUUUAUAAGAAUAAAAAAGAUGUAAAAGUUGAGUAAGGUUUUUAUAUAAAAUAAUAUAUUCUAUCAUACCGCUCUGUAAAUCAUAAGUUUUUUUUAUAAGUAAAACGAAUAAGUUUUUAUAUUAAAUACAUUGUAUGUGAAUAACAUUUAUGUAUGUAUGUGACUACGAACCCAUUUCAUAUCGGGUGUAAAUAAAAAGUAAACAAAUUAACUUACAUUUAGAACGUAUACCAAUUCAAUUAUAAAUGAUAAACAAAUGAAAUGUAAUAAUACUGUGUGACAAACCAAUAGAAUAAACUGAAUUAAUUAUAAAUGUA